AUGUCUCGGGACCAAAGGGUGCGGGACAACUGGGCGCUGCUGCAUGCGGCGGCCGAAGCGUCUAAGCGCGGCGUGCCGGUGGCGGUAGCUUUCAACUUGGUGACUGAGUAUCUGCACGCCGGCGCCCGCCAGUUUGGCUUCAUGGUGCGCGGCCUGCGGCUGAUGCAGCCCAAGCUGCAGGCGCUCAACAUCCCCCUCUUCCUGCUCAAGGGCGACCCUCUGGAGACUGUGCCGCAGCUGGUCAAGGACACGGGGGCCUCGCUGCUGGUCACCGACUUUGCGCCGCUGCGCCUGGGGCGGCACUGGCGGGAGGGGGUGGCUGCCAAGAUCAAGGUGCCGUUCCACGAAGUGGAUGCCCACAACGUGGUGCCCGUCUGGGUGGCUUCCGAUAAGCGCGAGUACGCUGCCCGUACCAUCCGCCCCAAGAUCCACUCCAAGCUGCCCGAGUUCCUCACAGAGUUCCCGCAGCUGGAGCCGCAGCCUGAGUGGAGCAGCGGGGUGACGCCCGAGGCGGUGGACUGGGAUGCCCUGCUGGCAGAGGUGCUGGAGCGGGGCAAGGAGGUGCCCGAGGUGCGGUGGUGCGCCCCAGGGGAGGAUGCUGCCAUGGAGGCCCUGAGCGGGCCCAAGGGCUUCCUGGGCAGCAAGGCGCGCCUGGCUCGCUACGAGGAGAAGCGCAAUGACCCCACCGUGCCUGACGCCCUCUCAGGCCUCUCCCCCUACCUCCACUUUGGCCACCUGUCGCCGCAGCGCGCCGCGGUGGAGGCUGCCCGCAACAAGGCGGUGCACAAGGCGUCGGUGGAGGGGUUCCUGGAAGAGCUGAUUGUGCGGCGGGAGCUGGCAGACAACUACUGCUUCUAUGUGCCCAACUAUGAUUCCCUAGACGCUGCCUACGACUGGGCCCGCCAGACGCUGAACGACCACCGCGGAGACAAGCGCGAGCACGUGUACACGCGGGAGCAGUUUGAGAAGGGGCAGACGCACGACAAGCUGUGGAACGCGGCGCAGGCGGAGAUGGUGCACUUUGGCAAGAUGCACGGCUUCAUGCGCAUGUACUGGGCCAAGAAGAUACUGGAGUGGAGCGCGUCCCCUGAGGAGGCCCUGGAGAUUUCCAUUUGGCUGAACGACAAGUAUGAGCUGGAUGGGCGGGACGCCAACGGCUAUGUGGGCUGCAUGUGGUCCAUCGCCGGCAUCCACGACCAGGGCUGGGCGGAGCGGCCCGUGUUUGGCAAGAUUCGGUUCAUGAACUUUGCGGGCUGCAAGCGCAAGUUUGACGUCGAGAAGUACGUUGCGCGCAUCGGCGCCCUGGUGCGGGACAUCAAGGCCGGCCAGAAGUGA